UAUUCCUCCAUCCAUCCACUUCAUUCACCCAGCAAACAUCUAUUGACUCCCUAUUAGGCAUUACUCAAGACACUAGGGGUACAACAGUUACCAAGCUUCCGCGAACGCAGCCAAUCUCCGGCGUUCCCGGGUGACCGAAGAGUUCUGAUGUGAACGUGUGUGCAGCCAGGGGGUGCAAGCCCUUCUGUUUGCAAGGGCCUGCUGCCGGGGCACCUGUCUUCCUUCCCCAGAGCCCAGCGCCUUUAGCAUCUGGCUCCAGCUCCUGUUGCAGCCCGAAAUAAGGCUGACCCACGGACAAGGCGAGAGUGAUUCUUGUCAGCUGAAGCCAGCACAGGCUGUAGGGCACACCCUGCUCACUGACCGCUGACCAGGGAGACCGCAGUAGGCGCUGACCAUACAACUCCAGCUCCCCCACGACUGAGGUGUUAGUCUUGAGUGCCUGACAUUCCUUCCCACCUACUGUGGCCCCAUCAGGAUGAUCCCCAAGGAGCAGAAGGAGCCAGUGAUGGCUGUCACAGGAGAUCUUGCUGGACCAGUCCCUUCGCUGGACCUGGGGAAGAAGCUGAGUGUGCCUCAGGACCUGAUGAUCGAGGAGCUGUCUCUCCGCAACAACCCGGGAUCCCUGCUCUUUCAGAAGAGGCAGCGCCGGGUACAGAAGUUUACCUUUGAGCUUUCAGAAAGUCUGCAGAGUAUCCUGGCGGGAAGUGCCCGAGGGAAAGCGGCUGACAGAGCGGCGCAGGGGACGGUUCCCAAUGGCCUGGAGGAGCAGAACCAAGGCUCCCAGCUCCACGUGUUCCAGGGAUCACCGGGGGACCCCAGGAUCGCCCACCCGGGAGUGGCUGGGGUCGAGUCGGUCCGUAGUCCAAGCGCCCUGGCGCCAGGCUAUGCGGAGCCGCUGAAGGGCAUCCCGCCCGAGAAGUUCAACCACACCGCCAUCCCCAAGGGCUACCGUUGUCCGUGGCAGGAGUUCGUCAGCUACCGAGACUACCCCAGUGGCGGCGGAAGUCGCACCCCCAUUCUCCGCGACUAUCGCAACUUCAACAAGACCCCAGUGCCAUUUGGAGGACCCCGGGUCGGGGAGACCAUUUUCCAAGCAGGCACCCCCUUUGUCCCGGAGCCCUUCAGUGGCUUGGAACUCCUCCGGCUCAGACCCAGUUUCAACAGAGUUGCUCAGGGCUGGGUCCGGAAGCUCCCUGAGUCUGAGGAGCUGUAGCCUCAACCGGAAGCUCCAAUCCCUGGGCUUCGGGGCUCAAGAAAUGCCAUGCUUAUCUU